CCCUUUCAUUUUACCAAAGAAAUGAAACUGUCGACUCCUCAUCCCUUCUAGAAUUGCACAAUGCUGCGCGCAAAAAUGGCGGAACUUCCGACGCAUUUGAUAACCGAAAUUCUCUCGAAACUCCCUGUGAAAUCCCUUCUACGCUUCCGAAGCGUCGCAAAAUCAUGGCGGACUUUGAUCGACGGCAAAUAUUUCAUCAAUCUUCAUCUGAAAAACGCCUUGCAAAACCCUACCCAUCAUACCCUGAUAAUCAAGGAUUGUUUCUUGCAAGAUGGUAUUAUUAUGACUAAUGAAGAGCCCUUCCUUUACACCGUAGACUAUCCUGCACUGAAACGCGCCACUUUAAUGUAUCACCCCUUUGACAUCGCAUCUUUUGAGGUAGAGAUUGUGGGUUCUUGUCAUGGGUUGAUUUGUUUGGCUGAUGGGGAAGUGACGGUGAUUUUCAACCCGACGACGAGAAAACACCGGGUUUUACCCGUUUCAGACGUCGAUAUUCCUGGGUAUGCUGGUAAAUUGCCUAAAACUGCUAGAAUUCCUUAUGGUUUUGGGUAUGAUCAUGUUAAUGAUGAUUAUAAAUUGGUGCGUAUUGUUGAAUUUUUUGUGAAAAAUAGUAAUAUUCAUUUUAGUGAAGUGAAGGUUUAUAGUUUGAAAUCUAAUUCUUGGAGAAAGGUUAGGGAUUUUCCUAGUGAAUAUUACAUUGGUAUUGGUUUGUGUUGGGCAUCUUAUCUCAAUGGCUGUUUGCAUUGGGUGGCGGUUAAAAAGUCACCGGAAAAGCCUCAAUUUAUCAUUUCGUUCGAUAUUGGGAGGGAGGUUUUCAAGGUUGUGCCACAGCCUAAGUAUGAUAAGGUGACUUCUGAUAUGUUUGUUAAUUUGGGGGUUUUAGAUGGAUGUCUUAGAGUAAUGGCCCUUUAUGGUAGAGUUCGUACUGAUGUGUGGAUUAUGAAAGAGUAUGGUGUGGAGAAAUCUUGGACUAAGCUGUUUUCGGUUACUCAGAGGGAGAGUCUUGGUCUACCAGUGGCUUACUUGAAGAAAAGUGAUUCUGAGGAGGUGCUCUUUGAGCAAGACUUUAAGAAGCUUGUGUGGUUUGAUGUGAAGAGCAAAAGAGCCAAGACUGUGAAAACCCGUGGUUUGCCUUGGUCGUUUGACUCACUAGUGUUGGUGGAAAGCCUUGUUUCACUUGAGAUUCACAAGAAAAAGAAGAAGCCUAAAAAGAAGAGAAAUGAUUCAGUGACAAGGCCAGAGGAACUACAGAGAGAGCUGAGUAGUCUCUUAGCAAGCCUUCCAGAGAAGGUGCUUUGUCAUAUCUUUUCUCAGCUUCCUGUUAAGACCCUUUUGCGUGUUCAACUUGUUUGCAAGACAUGGUACAAUCUCAUUAAUGGGUCAGACUUUAUUAAGAUGCAUCUUGAAGUUUUUAGGAACUGCAACAGUGGCUCGUCACUCAUUGUCAAAGGGGAUAGGUGGUUGUCGGUGAAUGCUCAGCUGCUUGAUAAAGCCAUUGAUAUCAACCACCCACUUUUAUGCAGUGAUGAAUAUACUGAUAUAGUUGGCUCUUGUAAUGGCUUGAUCUGCUUGUGUAACGACCAGAACUUCGCCCUGUGGAAUCCAUAUACUGGCAAACACGAGAAAAUUCCUUCUCCUGGUUUUCAUCUCGAGCAUGCUUCUAACGUGUUCCAUUGCUUAACUCAUGGAUUCGGCUAUGAUCCCACUGCUGAUGACUACAAGGUAGUCUCUAUUUUACAGCAGCACAACCGUUUGAAAGGUGGUACAAUGGACAUUGAAGUUCAAGUUUAUAGUUCGAAAACCAAAAGUCGGAAACAGAUACAGCAAUUUUCUUACUUUGUUUGCUACCCAUGCUAUGGAGUUUUUACUAGUGGUGCGUUGCAUUGGGUUGCACGCCAAAAUCCCGAUUUGUAUAGUAGCUCGAAUCUGGUCAUAGCUUUUGAUCUUGGAGUGGAGAAAUGCAGGGUGGUUACACAGCCAAAUUAUGUUGACACAGAUUUCCACAUGAGUCUUGGUCUACUAGGAGGUAGUCUUUGUUUUCUCUGCCAUUACCCUAAAGAAAGCUUUGAUUUGUGGGUGAUGACUGACUAUCAGACUGAGUCAUGGACAAAACUGGUCUCUAUCUCGCAACCUAAUGUAAUCAGUUGUUUCGAGUACAUGAAGCCGUUAGCAUAUUCAGAGGAUGGUUCUCAAGUCCUUUUUGAGCAAGAUAAUGGAAAGCUGCUCUGGUAUAACUUGAGAAAGAAAGCAGUUACAUAUGUCAAAGUGCCUGCCCUGCCUAAAGCUUUUGAUACUGUGAUGUGUUCAAGUAGUCUUGUUCCGAUUGGCAAUUGUACGAGGAAUUACCAGGUUAUCCAAGAGCAACCACCUAAGGGAUGUCAAAUCAGUAAAAACAAUAAGGAAAGGCGUGAUUUGGAUGGUUUCUUAUCAAAGGGAUUCAAACUGAAACUUUGACUCCAUUAGACUGAAGAAGUUAAUCUUCCAAAUGUUGAGGUGUGCUGUUGGUCGACUGCUGAAAUAGUAGAGAUAAAAAUAAAUCUUUUCUCCCGCCCUUCGUUUUUUUUUUUUUUUUCUUUUUGUUUUUUUUUUUGUUUUUUUUUUGCUGUCACGACUGAAGACUGGUGGUUGAGUCAUGUAGCAAGCAGACUAUGCUAUGUAAACUUUUAAUACGUUUCAGUUUUGAAUUUUGGCGAGAUCUGCUCAUCACUUGUGACUGAUCACUCUGAUUCAGAGAUUAUGGAUAUUAAGGCAGGAAUUACAUAUUAUGUGAUGAUCGAUUGUUGUAAAA